GUUCAUUGUAAAAAUAAUUAAAACGACUAAUUAACUCAUGAAAAAUUUAAAAUUUCUCAACAGUAAGAUCGGGAUAUUAAUGAGAUUAGAAAUUUGAAUGUCACGACAUACGAGGCCUGACAGUGAAUGCUGCUUUUAUUGGUCUGUCCGCUCCAAUAAUAUCUGUUCGAUGAACAAGUCUCCGCUGCAUCUAACGGUCCACGGUUGAACGUCGCCGCAAGUGAAAUCACCAAAAGUGGCAGUCACGUGAAUGUAGGCAACUGAAUCUAAGAACUUGUACAGAGAAUUUUUCGACAACAAACAACAACAGUCCUCUCUGUCAUUCUCAUUUCUCCGAGCCGUUUUCCUUCUCCUUCUGCAUUUGUCUUCGACCGCCAUUGUUAGUCCUCUCUCGAUCUGAGGCCAUCGUAUUAUAAAGAGGCUGCGAGUAGUGAAAGACCUGUUGGAGAAUGGAGAACGUUACGGUUAGAGAUGGAGACGAAGAGCUCGCUCUGUUCCUCGAGAUGCGGAGACUCGACAAGGAAGAUCCGAGAAUUUCUCCUCCUCCCGGGCCCAGCACGAUACCGUUUAUCCCAAAUUCUUGGAAUGAAGCUCAUGAAAGCAGAACGGCGAGCUCUGUUGAGAAGUUGUUGGACUCGGGGAAGGAGGCAGAGUGGAACCCGGCCGUUGAGCUCGAGGAAACUAACGUUCAGUCUGCUGUCCUUAAACCACGGCUUGAGAACAUCCUAGAAGAACCUGUGUCAAGAAAUGUCAAGACGUCGAGGCGUGCAAGUUUAGCACCUGGAGUGUACUCUCUGACCGCUGUUAAUAAGCAGACGAUCGCCACUGCUGAGCAAAAGCCGAGCACUAAGCCAUUGAAGCAGGCCACAUCCAUUUCACGACCUGUAAAGCUCAAUUCCACAGAGUCCCGACCCUCCAUUUCCACAAAAUCAGCUCCUAUGACCUCAACACUGAGCGCUAGAAUCAGAACCACCUCGAGCAAACCCAGUUCUCAUGCUUCUGCACUUACCCGAUCAUCCUCUGUCGGAAAAUCAGCACCUGGAGCCAAGCCCCCGGUUUCGAAGAUAUCCGAGAUUCCGGGUCGGUCUAUCUCGGCUUCGAGAGGCAGAGCCUACCCUUCUGCUGCAGUGAAGAGGGGACAGUCCAGAUCUAGCAAUGAGGUGGUGAAUCCGGUGUUGAUUGGGACCAAAAUGGUUGAAAGAGUUGUGAACAUGAGGAAACUGCCACCGCCGAGGCAGGGCGGAGGCAACUCCACGGGAAAAUCAGAAGGCUCGGGGUUCGGGAGGAAUCUCUCGAGAUCGUCUCUUGAUAUGGCUUUGAGACACAUGGACAUAAGACGAAGCAUGAGGUAAUCUGUGGAUAACCAUCGAGACAAAGUUCAAAGUUCCAUCUAUGAACAGCGGAUCAUCUCAUUAUCAUUUUCACAAAAUGAAAAGAAAACAAAACUCAACUUCCACAGGCAAGCAGUUGACUGUUGUAUUUCUAUAGAACGUCUAAUGUUCAACUAGAAUGACUUCACAGAAACGACAUGCUUCUUCCCUCCCGAUGUAAUGUGACAGCAUUCAGUCUGAACACACACAAUCAAUCCAUCGUCCAAUUUGGACUAUAUAUUUA